AUGGAGCGCGCAAUUAUAAGCAUUACGACCCAGCAUUCCAUUGGACCGGUCGAUCGAAAGAUCUAUUCAGGGUUCGUUGAGCACAUGGGCCGGUAUGUAAUCGAAGCCAUCAAGGAGGUAAAACCUCCGUUGGUCCGUUAUCCCGGCGGGAACUAUACCGCCAACUUCAACUGGAUGGACGGCGUUGGCCCGACACGGAAUCCCCGAGUGGAACUCGCAUGGCUGAAGACAGAACCUAAUACUUUUGGAACCAAUGAGUUUAUCGAAUGGUGUCGAGCGACUGACGUCGAACCGUUCUUCUGCCUGAACAUGGGGACAGGAGACCUACGCGAAGCUCUGGCCUGGAUUGAGUAUUGCAAUAACGAUACAAAUUCAUUGUAUGCGAAUCUUCGCCGAAGUCAUGGCUAUGAAAAGCCACACAAUGUGAAAUACUGGUGCCUGGGAAAUGAAGUAUAUGGCGACUGGCAAGUCGCACAAGACUCAAAAGAGAACUAUGCGGCGAAGGCCAUUCGACUAUUGGAUCCAACUGUCAAACUUGUUCUUUGCGGCAAGCACGGAUACAACGAUUGA